GCUGUGGGGAGUGCGGAGCGGGGCCGGGGGGGCCAUGAUCGCACCCGCCCCCGGGAGCCGCGCCGCCUCCAACCGGGAGCCCUAAAGCCUCUCGGCACCGCGCUGCCGUUCUCCGUGCAGGCAUGGGGAACCAGGUGGAGAAGCUGACCCAUCUGAACUACAAGGAAGUCCCCACGGCUGACCCAACGGGCAUGGACAGAGAUGAAGGGCCCAGGAUCGGGGUCUCCUACAUCUUUUCCAAUGAUGACGAUGAGCUGGAGCAGCAGCAGGACUCGGGACAUGACCUCGGGGGUGAGCACCCUGCCCUGCAGCCCUAUGAUCCCCAGCUGCACGAGGUGGAGUGCUCUGUUUAUUACCGGGAUGAGUGCAUCUACCAGAAGAGCUUUUCUGAGGAGGAUGUGCUGCCGGAGGAGGGCGAGGAAGGAGGCAGGGGGCACCUGAGCACCUACACCCCAGAGAACCUGCUGAACCGCUGCAAACCAGGCGACCUGGUGGAGUUUGUGUGCCAGGCCCAGUACCCGCACUGGGUGGUCUACGUGGGGGAUUUUCAGGUUGUGCACCUGCACAGGCUGGAGGUGGUGAACAGCUUCCUCACCGAUGCCAGCCAGGGCAGGAGGGGCCGCAUUGCCAACCAGCUGUACCGCUACAAACCCCUCAGCCCGGCCGUGGUGGUACGCAAUGCCCUGGAGCAGGUGGGCUGCAAGGACCGGGACCUGAGCUGGAGAAACUCGGAGUGUUUUGCUGCCUGGUGCCGCUAUGGCAAGCGGGAGUUUAAAAUCGGCGGGGAGCUGCGCAUCGGCAAGCAGCCCUACCGCCUGCAGAUCCGGCUGGGUGACAAGCGCAGCCACACGCUGGAGUUUCAGAGCCUGGAGGAUCUGAUCAUGGAGAAGAGGAGAAAUGACCAGAUUGGUAGGGCUGCCGUGAUCCAGGAGCUCUCCAGCCACCUGCAGGCUGCAGAGGAAGAGGAUGAGGAGGAUGAGGAAGACCAUCCCCACCAUCCAGGUGCCCGGACUGCUGUGGAGUAGUGCCUUAGCACUGCCAUGCUGCUCGGGCUGGGUGAUGGGGAUUAAAACGGAAGGCUGCGAAAUUGAGCUGUUAUAAACCCUUUGGGCCGUUUCAGUGCAGCUUCAUUCCGAUCACAUGUGAAAGGAAGGGGGAAAGCUGAUUAAGUGUCUGUGCUUUAGUGCUUAACUCCUUCAGUGCUUGAUGAUAAAAACCACUGACUUAUUGUAGAGGAUAAAACUCAGGGCAACUCUAUCCUUCUCUGCUCCCACCUCUUUCCCUUCCUCUGUGCCCGCCCUUCCCUCCACCAUCUGCCAGUAGGCCUGACCCUAUGGGAUGCUAAAUGCCUUUGACAUCUACUUAUUGGCAGAAGUUAAGAGUACUUAAUAGUAUUAAGGAGCCAACAACUUCAGGACAUGGCCAUGUUUAUCUGAGCGUAUGAUCAGUUGGUAGCUGGGAAGUGUGAUGUAUUGCUGUCCCUUGUCUGCCCAUUUCUCUUCAGUUGUGGUUCAGUUGGUCUUGCAACAGGCUGCUUGCUUGCUUACGUGGUGCUAGGCUUCAUGGAUGGGUGGCCAGUUCCACAGGAGGUGCAAGGGAGAAAUCAGUGCUGACUUCAGUGAAAUGCUUUUGAUAUGCCUGGUGCUUUCUUAAUAGAAAUGUGCAGGUGGGCUGGGGGAGCUCUGUCUUUGCUAGCAGCACGUGCUUCUGUUGGGAAGAGAGCAGCUGUUACUGCUGACCAUUCCCAGGGAGGAGGAAUCUCACAACCCUGAUUGCAGAGUCUGUGCAUUGGUGCGUGCCUGGGCUCUUACAGGCACAUACUGAGCUCUGCUAGAGCUUGUUACAGGCUUCCCAUAAAGCAAGCAGCAGAGAUCCAGAUGACAUCUGUGGUGAGCAUAGAAGCAGGCUGUUUCUGUGCACCAGCACAUCUCCAGUAAGCUGCCCCUCAAGAAGGUGGUCUCAUGGCUGGGAGUGUGGCACAGGUCCUGCACAGCAGCACUCCCUCCUUGCGAUGGGAAGGAGUGAAGGAGGAAGGCAGGGGGGUUGGGGUGUUCAUUUUAUUCCCCCCUUGUCACAAAGCAAUUUCCUCUUUAGAAACUUCAUGUUUCCCUAUUUUGUACUAAUUUUUAUGAUGUGCAGCUUAGCUAUAGCACUAGAAGAGAGGAUAUGCCUCGGGAGUUGUAGUGUAGGUCCCCCAUUCAGUGGGUUGGGGGGUGCAGCACUGCCUCCCUUGAAUGUUUCCUGAAUUCUGCUUUCAGCUGUUGAACUGUUCUCCCACGUGGGCACCAUCAGAUCAUUGUCCUGAGAUCUUAAGUGUGUGAGCAAACAGAUUUGGACGCCACUUAUAAUACAAAAUUCCUUCCCUUUAAAAGCACAAUAGUGAAGAGGCGAACCUGAAGAUAAGCUUGAGUUCAUUUAAAUAACAGCAAUUAAUGUGCUGUACACUUAGAAGUGUUGUUACUGCCGUCUUCCCUGCGGUUGUUUAUGGUUAUACCACAAAUAGCAAAGUACUCCAUGUCCUUUCUACCCCUUGGGAGCAAAGGUUGUUGACUAAGAAGUUGAUACCUAUUUUUGAUUAGUUAUAACUACAUAAAGCAACUUUGACAAUAUGGUUUAAAUAAAUCUGAGUUGUUUUCUUCCUAAGAUACACAACCUGGGGGGGAACAAGGCAGUGAUAAACUCCUUUAGCCUUGCUUCCAGAGGAAAUGUGGCUUUAAGGUUAUGCAAAUACACCAUACAGUGUUUCCUUAUUGACUCUGUGUUCUCAUUUUGGACUGCAAAAUGCUCAAACCCAAAAGAGAAUUUAACACUCAGCUCUGUUAGAAUGCUAUAGCUCAGGUGACUGCACUGAUGGUUUUCUUCAAUAUGCAGUAGAGUCGUACUCGUGUCGGUGUGGCUGUCAAGCAAAUGUGCAACCUUGCUUUAAAAAGUAUGGUAACAACCCAUAUCUGACUGCAGUAGUGUUUGUGUAUGGAGGGAUGCAUGCAGCUUUCAUACAAUUAAAUGCUGAAAGCUGAAAUGAUCAUGGAGUAAGUCCAGAAGAGAAUGGAGACUCUGUGCUGUACUGACUCGUAUACAACAACUGAGGUUAUCUAGACCACAAGUAAAUGUCUGCCUGUUGUUUCUUUCAUACUGACCCUUGUACAUAACAAAGUUUAUUUCUCUGUGUAAUAUAUGUAUGUAAAAUAAUAUUUUCUUACAGAUAUUUUUGAAAGUUUAAAAAAAAAUAAUCCAUCAAAACCUUGCAUUUGAAAGUAAGUUGUUAUGCACAUUAUUUUCCAGUCCUCUGAAUGGGUUUAUUUUUCAUUAAUGAUCUAAAAUAUAUUCUGGGUCAUAAAGUAUAGAAACUGCUAUAAAUGUCAAAUAUUAUGUAUCUACAGGGUACUAAACAGUAAACUAGUUGUGAAAAUA